AUGCCCAAUAUGCUUGCGAUCAAGUACCUAUUGGUUUUCGUCCCAGCAACUCUUGGGCUUAUCUCUGGGCGCGAUUUUGGUGUCAUUGUUAACGACCUUGUUAGCAUUGACAACAAAGUCAAACCUCUCACCACCAUGAUUCAGAACUGGUCAUCUGCAAACGGUCUUGGUAUCCUUGGCGCAGCUCCUAUCCUCACAGCUUCACAAGCUCUCGAGUCGACAGCUCGCACUGCAACUACACAUGCUACGCAAUCGCCUCAGCUUACUGUAGAGCAAUCCAACAACCUUGGCAUCCUUAUCAACACCCUUAAGACGGAUACAUCUGCUCUACUCGUUGCCAUGAAGAGCAAGAAGACGGAUUUCGGAAACGUCGGAGCUCUUUCGAUCGUCAGAAACUCGAUCGCAUCGCUGACAGCUACCCAAGACGGAUACUCCACUGCUCUCAUCAAUAUCACGCCAGAUGUCAACAAGCCAAAAGGGGAGCAGGAUAAAGCAGAAUUCGAUUCUUACUUUGCGGACGCUGCUCUAUACUACAGUAACUAG